ACUUCCUGUGAAUUCAUCGUCGUCAACAACGCGGUUAUCUGACUGGAAGACGGCCUCAGAGUCAAGUGCGGACUGUGGUGCUUUCUGCAAUCAUGCUUUUCAAAGUGCGGCCCGCAGCGAAGGAAGACUGCAAAGAAAUAUCGAGAAUGAUAUUGGAGUUGGCGAGUUAUGAAAACAUGACGGAUCAAGUGAAGAUAACUCAUGAAGAACUGGAGCGGGACGGUUUCUGCCCCAAUCCUUUCUUUGAAUGCCUCGUUGCUGAAGUGCCAGAGGAGCAUCAAUCUAAAGAAGGAGUCACAAUUGUCGGAUACGCCCUUUACUUUUACACCUACAGUACAUGGAAGGGGCGCUCAGUGUAUCUGGAGGACCUGUAUGUGAUGACAGAAUUCAGGGGAAAGGGCAUUGGCAAGGGUUUACUGAGCAAAGUUGCUGAGGUGGGGAAGAAGAAGCAGUGUGUGCGGCUGCAGUUGUCUGUGUUGGACUGGAACGCCCCGUCUCGAGACUUCUACGCUGCUAAAGGAGCUCAGGACCUCACCGACAGCGAAGGCUGGCACAUUCUACGUUUUGACGGACGAGACCUGGACAAUUUAGCAAAUGAAGCUCCUGAAGAUUAGACGUGUGUCUUACUGUGCAUAAAUAUGGCUGUUAACAUUCAACCUGAAGACGGCGCUAUAAUAUGCUUCAGUGUACCCAAUUCCUCACUAGCUUUUUUAAGCAUCAUUCAUUUUGCCGGCAUGCAUGCAUCUUGUUCAGCUUUGUCAGUGCAGCGUGGACAUUAAUUUCAUCUUGUACAUCGACAUUUGUAAAUCUAUAAAGAAACAUAAGAUUGUCUUUAUUAGGAAAUUAAACACAGUCCAGCCCAUGAUGAUUUUAUUUUUUGCAAUAUCUGACGAUUUUUGGUGAAGAUGUUGGCAAAUUUACCAGCAACACAAUAAGAUUUGACCUGAUUCAACCAAUCCCAGAUGUGAUACCAUAUUAUUCCAGUAGGUGACAUAUUUAACCAACUGAAAAUGAGCUCUGAGUGGCCAGUCAGGCAACACGGCUAAAUGCACCAAACGUUAUGCUGUUUGUUCUUGACUGAAAUGUAAACUGAGUAUUUGUGGUUUCUGGUUAAAGAGUCAGAGGAGAGGAUGACUUGGAAACUAGUUCUGUAACUAAAACCCUAUUCAUGGAAUUAUGUUUGUUAUGUUCGUUAUGUUGAUAAUCAAAAUCCCUCAUCAACACUUCAGUCGGUGGAAAGAAUAUUUAUUUUUUGUAUAAAACAUACUGAAAUUCAAAGGACAAUGUACAAUCAGCCGAAAAAGAAAGUGUGACAUUACAUUUGAAAUACACACGUGUGCUAAAAAAGAUUUUUAACACACACAACUUACAAAGGCAAUGUUUAUAUGAGUUUUAACCCUUUACUCAAGUGUGCUGGUUCAAAGAUGAGCGUCAACAACAAUCACAGUGUGUGAAAGUCCUGGUGUAGAUAUUACUGGUUACGGUUGAAAGUUAAAGUAACACAUUUCCUCCAUGACUUUUGCACCGUCAAGUUACAUAAUCAGAUUUACUCUGUUACUGAUAUAUUUUGAUAGACAUUAGAUCAUUCAUUAGAGCUGUAUUUACUUAAAGACCAGCCAGAUUAUUGAUUCAGCAGAUUUCAGACAUUUCUGGAAUUGACAUUUCAUUUCUGAUUGGGAAGAGCUUUUGAGCUUUUAAUAUUUUGCAGACAAAUUAUUCUGAAUUUGUAGCACAGCCCCAAGAAGUGAUGGUUUUUGUGGAAGUGAAGCAGCUCUCAUCUUUCUUGACCAUUACACCUGAUGGCAGGUUUAAUAUACAAGAUACACAGAUAUUACAAAGGAUUACCACAC